AUGAAAUUAGAUAAAGUUUUUGUGAUACUUUUACAAUUGGUUUAGAUAAAUAGUUCUAAGGUUUCAAAUGGUUGUGUUUGUGGUCAUGUUCAAAACGAAAUAGAUUGUAAAAAUUCAGGAUUUUGCUUUUGGAGAGAUAAUAAUUGUAUAUUAAAUCCUGGCCAAACAUAUAAUAAAUAGGUUGAUAACUCCAAUUCUUGUAAAAAUUUUGCAGAAGAAGAUUGCAGAGAAUAAAAGUAAUGUGGUUUUCAUUUGAGUUAAUGUAUUGAUUUUAUAGAAUGCAGUGUAUUUAAUAAAAACUUAUGUUAAGAAUCUUCAUAUAGAUGUGUAUCUGAUGGUUAAAAAUGUAUAGAAGUGUUAGAAUGCAUAGAUUAUAAAACGGAAUAGGGAUGUUAAAAUAGAAAUUAGAAAGGUACAUAUUGUAUUUGGGUUAAUGAAAUAGAGAAUAAAUGUAGAGAUGUUUAAAUAUGUGAAGAACUCCCAAUAUAUUUAACAAAUCAUAAAAUGUGUAAGUAAGGUUUAAAAGAUUGUACUGUAAAUCAGAAAGGUUAUGGAUGUAUGUAAUUAAGGGAAUUAUGUAGUUAAUAUAAAAAUGAUUUUUAAUGUUUUGAAAGUUAAUAGAAAUAAGAAAAUUGUUUUUGGGAUGAAAUAAAUAAUAUAUGUUUUGAAAAAGUUUGUGAGAAUUUUAAGUUUUCUUAAGACUAUAAAUGUAAAUAAUAAUUAAGUGAAUGUACAUCAAAUGGAAUUCAUUGUAUAUAGAGGAGGGAAUGCAAAGAUGUAAAAAAUAGAUUUGGUUGUGUAACUGAUUUUUAAGGAAACAAAUGUGUUUAUGAGAAAAAUGAAUGUAAAAAGAAAAGCUGUUAGACAGCUCCAGAUACAUUAAACAAUUAUUAAUAAUGUUAGGAGUAUGACAAUUUUUUUGAUUGUGUUACUUCAGAAAAUGGAGGAUGUAAAACAAGACCUGUUAGUUGUGAUGGUUAUGCUGGUGAAUUAGAUUGCUAUUCAAUAGAAUAAUAAAAUUGUGUUUGGUUUAAGAAUAAAUGUGAAUAUAAAUAAUGUCAUCAUGCUAGUUUAAAAUAUAGACAAACGGAAUGUAAAUAGUAUGGAAAUUGUAUUGGAAAAUUGAAUGGAGGUUGUAGAUUGACACCAUAAUUGUGUGAGGAAAUUUAAGAAUAACAAUUUUGCGAAUUAAACUAUAAUAAAGAAAAAUGUAUUUGGUUAAAUGGAAAAUGUUCAUUGUUAUAAUGUAAUAUACUCAAAUUACCAAAUUAUAAAAAUCAUGAAACAUGCUAAAAAGCAAGUCCAUUUUGUACUUUUAAUUCUGAUUAUUAAGGAUGUGUAGAUUAUGUUUGUGAAAAUGUUUAAGAUGAAAAAUAUUGUAAAAUUGAUUCUAAUGGUGUUUUAUGCACUGUAACUUAAGGAUGUAUUGAUAAAGAAUGUUCAACAGCCCCUAAAUCUUAUAAUACUAAUACUAGAUGUGAAUUGUGGUUGUCAAAAUGUACUGUUAAUGUUUAAAUAGUAUUAAAUUAAAGAAUAUUAAGUGGUUGUGUAGAUAAAAAAAAAGAUUGUUAGUAGGCUCUCUAAGAAUAAUGUUAUUCAACAUCAACAUAACUAAAAUGUAAAUGGGAUUAAAAUAGUUAAAAGUGUAUUGAUUAAAUUUGUGAAGAUGCAAAUCUGAACAUAUACUCAAAUGAUAUUUGUAGACAAUUUAAAGUGAUGUUAGGUUCAUGUAUUAUAAGAUCUACAGGUAAUGGAUGUUAAUAAUGGCCAAAUAGUUGUGAUCUAUUAAUUAGCCAUCAAUAAUGUAAUUUGAAUUUAGAAAAUGGAACUUUAUGUUUUUGGACUGGUAUUUCAUGUAAAACAAAAGAAUGUUCUGAUGCUUCUUAACUAAUGUUUACUAAUAAUAUUGAAUGUAAUACAUGGGGAGUUGAUUGUAUUUAUAAUGAAAAUUCAGGUGGAUGUAUGAAAAGACCCAAUUCAGUUGUUUGCACAUAAUCUUCUAAUAAUUCCAUGUAUGAUACUCAUUAAGAGUGUUAAGCUUGGAAUCCGAAAUGCACAUUUAUAUCAUCUUUUUAAGGAUAAGGAUGUGAAUAAAAAAAAUAAUAAUGUGUUGAGUAUAUCAGACAAAGAAAUUGUAAAACUACAUUAAAUGGAUAAAAUUGUUAUUGGGAUGACAAAACUUAGAAAUGCCAUGAUGAAGAUAAUAAUAAUGAUGGAAUACCGGAUUGUAACAAUAGAAUUUAUGGAGAACUAACACAUUAGGAUUGUGAAAAUUUCUUAUAUAAAUGCACAAUAUAAUAAAUUAAAGGUUAUUGUUCAAGCCUUGAAUAUUAAUGCGAAUAUUAUUAUUAUGAAUAAUCAUGUUUAAUUAAUCGCUAUUUAUAACCUUGCAAAUGGGAUUAUCAAAAUAAACUUUGUAAAGAAGUAGCUUGCAAUGAUAAUUUCACCGCUCAAACUGAGGCAGAAUGUUUAAAAUUCAAAUAAUUGAAUAAAUGUUAAUUAAAAAUAAACUCAAAUGGAACAUUCGGACCUGGUUGUGAAAAUAGACCAUCCUCAUGCUCGUAUAUUACUAAUCGUAUCAUUUGUAAUUAAACUUUAACUUAAUCUAAUGAAAGAUGCUAUUAUUUUAACUCUUAAUGUUCAUAUGUAUCUUAAGAAUAAUGUGAAUAAAUUACAGAUAGCAAAAGUAAUUAGGUUUGCUAAUUAUACAAUUCCAUUUGUGUACUUUAAUCACUUGGAUAAGGAUGCUAUACAUUAAACAAUUGUUCUUAUUUGUCAAGUUCAAUUUGUAAUAGUGCCUUAAUUAAAUACAAUAAAAAAUGUAAUUUUUAUAUCAGAUGUAACGAAGAUAAUUAAUGUAACUAGAAACAUCUCUCAUAUGGUGGAUGUGAUGGAAAAAAAACAGGAAAUGGAGAAUUGUGUUACUAUAAAACAGAAUAUUAUUAAAAUUCUUGUGUUAAUUAUACUUAACCAAAAGAUCUAUUAUUUCCUUCAUCUAAAUCACUCUAAGAUAGAACAAAAUUAUGUUAAGAAUAUUCAUCAGCAUACACAUAUGAUACUAUUUUGGGCAUCUGUGUAUACAUUACUUCAUGCAAAUAACAAUUAAAUGAUAAAAUAAUCUGUAAUAAUUCAAUUUCUGGAUCACUAAAAUGUGGAUUUAAUUUUUAAUUAAAUAUUUGUGAAACCAGAGUAUGUGAACAUUUAACAUAUGCUAAUAACUACACAAACAUUACUGAUGAAAUUUGUUAUGAAUGGAAAUAUAAUUGUGUUCUUGAUAAUGCUGGUUGUAAAGGUUAUUCAAGUGAUUGCACAUAAAUUAAAUUAAUUUAACAAUGUUAUUAAUAUUCCUGCUUUUGGUAAGUUGAUAAAUGCGUCAAUCAUAUUGAUUGCCGAAUUAACACAACUGCUACCACAAAUCUUGAAUGCUUGUUAAUAAAUUCUUAAUAAUGUAGAUUAGAUUACACUAAAGGUUAAGGAUGUUCUUUUACGAGCUGUUCUAAUAUCAGAAACUAAAUUAUAUGUAAUUCAACUACUCUUAUUAAUGGAGUAAAAUGUAUAUGGACAUCUAGUUGUUAUUCGGUCUCAUGUUUUUCAUAUCAAACACAAUCUUAAUGUUAAAAUAGUUAUGGUUAUUAUGAUUCAUAUGUAACUUAAUGUUUUUGGUGUGAACAUAAGAAUAUCUAAUGCUCCAAUUAGAAAUAUUGUAGCCUGGAUAUCAUUACUUAACCCAAAUCACAUACAGAUUGCAAUCAUGUAAAUUUCUUAAAUACCAUUUAUUUUGUUAUGAAUACAAAAUGCACAGUCAAGAAAUAAUUAUGUUCUCAAUACCUAAUUUAAGAUGCUUGUGUAAUCACUAUAGAUGAUGUCAAAUGUAUCUGGGAUUCUAAUCUUUUAAAAUGCAUCAAUUACUGUGAAAAUUUAACUUAAUUGAUAACUUCAAAUGAUGAUUGUUUUUAAUAAUAUCCUUAUUGUAUGUAAGACCAUAUAAAUGGGGGAUGUGAGCCUCUUAACUGUUCAUUGUUAACCCCUUAAACUGAUUGUAAUAUAUUUUAUUCAAAAUGCUUUUUUGAUGGUAAUGAAUGUAAAAAGAUUAGUAAUUGUAAUUAAUAUCCUUCUACAUUAUGCUCGAAUAGUGCAAAUUCAAAAGGAGUACCAUGUUUAUGGGAUAUAAUUAAUACAUAAUGCAUAGAAAAAACAUGUUAAAAUAAACUAACAGGUCCAUAUAGUUAAUCAGAUUGCCAUAAUUGGCUUAAUAAUUGUUAAGUUAAUAAUAGUGGUACUUAAUGCAUAGAGGAUUGCGAUUCAGCAAGUAAUUCUUUAAUUAGUCAUGAAGAAUGCGAAUAAUACUAUUAAAAUAAAAGCUGUACAUUAAAAGCGGAUUUAAUUUAAUGUACAGAUUUACCAGUUUCAUGUUCUUUAGCUUAGUAGAAUUAAUGUUAAUUAGAUAAAGAUGGAAACUAGUGUUAUUUUUAAGUAUAAAAUAAUAAGUGUGUAAAUUUAACAUGCUAGAAUUUAGAUGCCACUUUUAUGACACAUAAAGGAUGUAACAAAAAAUUAAAUAUAUGUACAGUAAAUGAUUUAUUAAACGGUUGUUAAAAUUUGAAGGAAUGCAAAGAUUAUGUGAAUGAGGAGUAAUGUGUGGUUGACUAAUCUAAUGUAGAAUGUUAAUGGAUAAUAAGUUAGAAUAAAUGUACAAUAAAGUAAUGUUAGACAGCUUAAUUAUAGAAAUAUUCAGCAUAUGGAUGUCAUAAAUAUUUUGGUAAUUCUUGUACAGUAAAUGUUAAUUUAAAUGGAUGUGAAUUAGGUUAAUUGGAAUGUAAUAAAUAUACAUAUAAACAAUGUAUAAGUGAUGAUUAAAUGAAUUUAAGUGGGAUAGGUUGUUUCUGGGAUGUUAAUAAAAAUAUUUGUUUAGAGAGAAUAUGUAAGAAUGGGCCAUUAGUUGUAUUUUCUUUUUAUGAAUGUUUUGGAUUUCUUUCUACAUGUUUGAAAGGUGGCUGUAGAAUAAAAGGAUGUUUUGAUUAUUAUUAUUCAUUAGAUUAAGCUUGUGCAUCUAUAUUUAAAGAUAAGAGAUGUACAACAAAUGGUUAUUAAUGUAUUUUAAGAUCAAGUUGUGAAGAUGUAGUUGUAUAAGAUGGUUGUACAUUUGAUGCAAAUAAUAACAUUUGUACAUGGAUAAAUGAUAAUUGUUAUACUAAAACAUGUUAAACAGCAUCAAUAACUUUAAAAUCAUAUGAAUAAUGCAAUUAAUAUUUAUAAUAUUGUACAGUAAAAUAAGAUGGAGGAUGUACAAAGAAAGAAAGUUGUUAAAAUUAUUUAAUAAAAGAGGCAUGUUAUGUAGAUGAUGAAAAUAGAGAAUGUAUAUGGGAUGAUUAAGUAAAUGAAUGUUAUUUAAAUUAAUGUACAGAUUUUUGUGGUGAUGGAAUAAUAUCAAGUUAAGAAGAAUAGUGUGAUGAUGGUAAUUAUUUACCUUAUGAUGGAUGCUAUAAAUGUUAAAUAUAAUGUCCAUUAGGUUGUAUCGUUUGUAAAGGUAAAUUAUGUGAGAAAUGUGAAUAAAAAGGAUGGACUUUAAUAAAUGGUACUUGUUCAUCAAUAUGUGGUGAUGGUUACAUAGUAGGAAAAGAAUAAUGUGAUGAUGCAAAUAAUGAUGCCUAUGAUGGAUGUUAUUAAUGUUAAUAUUCUUGUCAUUUAAUGUGUCUUAAUUGCUUUUAAGGAUUAUGUAUCUAAUGUGAACCUGGAUACAAUGAAUAAGAAUCAUAAUGUAUUCAUGUUUGUGGAGAUGGAUAUUAAGUUUAAUUAGAAGAAUAAUGUGAUGAUGGGAAUCUAGAUAAUAAUGAUGGAUGCUCUAAUAAUUGUUUAAUUGAAUAAAAUUGGAAAUGUUAUCCAUAAAAUAAUAUUAGUAUUUGUGUCUAUAGUAUUAUACCUAAAAUUACACUUACUAAACUAUCAUUAAUUAAUUCAGGUAUCUAAGAAUUUGAAUUAUCAUUCUCUGAACCUGUACGACUUAAUGUUGCAGGAAUUAGUGAUGAAUAAUUUAUAUAAAUGAUUAUUGUUUAAAUAGAAAAUUUAGAUAACAACUAAUAUGACAUUGAAAUCAAACCUAUUCUACCUAUCUCUACUUAAUUAAAUAAUGUUGCUUAUAAAAUACUACUUAACUUUAAAACUAGUGUUUCUAAUCCUAUCUUAAUAGUUACUAUUAAAUCUACAAAUAUUGUUAAUUAAUAAGAUAAUACAUUCAUCAAUAAUGAAGUUAAAUUAUAAUUAAAAUCUCCUAAUUAAAUUUCUACUCAAUAACAAUCACUUUUACUUAAAGCUGCUUUUCUCACUUAAAUUGUUCUAUAUAUUAUUUAUGCUGUCAGUAUUAUUGCAUUCUUAUGUGGAAAUUUAGAAAUCUUAUGGAAUCUAUUAGAUAUGCUUUAGCAAUUAUCUUAUAUGAAAUAUCAUAACAUUCAAUUCCCAUAACAUUUACAAACCUAUUUUGAAAUCUUUGAUGUAGCAUCAUUUGCUCCAAUAACAUAAUAUUUCUAAAUUGAUUUGUUCCUACAAAAUAUUUUCCAAUUCUAAAUUCCAUACUUACCAGCUAAAUGGAAAUUUCUAUAAUACUAAAUCAAUUGUUAUUUCUUAGAAAAUUUUGAAACUCUACUAGUUCUUUUGACAUUUGGAUUUGCCUACUAUAUACUCUCAUAUUUCCUUUACAAACUUAUUAUUAUUACCAAAUAUUUUAAUUGGCCAACUAUUGGAAAUCAUUAAUAAAGACCAUUCUUUAUUAAAAUUGCUAAAGUUAUUUACUCUAUCUAAAAAUUAGCUAGAAAAUAUUACUAAUAUUUUGUCUACUCUGGAUUAAUUAGAAUUUUCAUUUCUAAUUUCUAUGAAUUGGCAUUCUCAUCUAUUCUGUAAAUUAUCAACUUUAAUUAAAAAACUACCUUAAAUACUAUUAUAUCAUAUCUAGCUCUAUUUACUAUUUUAUUUAUUAUAUCCUUUUUAGCAUUCAUCUCUUCUUAUUUAAGUAAAAAAUAUUAAGUUUCAAAAAAUUUAUCAGUUUUAGUUGAAGGAAUUAAAAUUUAAAGAAAUCAAAGGUCCAAAUUAUAUUUAGCAAUAUUAUUAAUUAAAAAGAUCUUAUUUAUCAUAAAUCUAGUCGUUAAUUAAGGUCUUGGUGCUGCUUAAUGUUUAAUUACUGCUUUUCUAUCAGGAUUAUUCUCUUGUUAUAUUAAAGUUUAUGAACCUUUUUAAAACAAAUUUGAAAAUAUCAAAAUAAUCACUAUUGAAAUACUUAUUAUGCUAAAUUCAAUAAUCUUUUCUAUUUAUGAAGUUAUCAAAUUUAAUCAAAAUAAAGACCCUUCAGAAAUAUUAGGUUGGGUUAAUGUAGGAGGUUUCACCUUGAUUCUGACUUGUACAUUAUUUAUAGAUAUCUAUUAAUAAAUAAUAAAAUAUUGGGACUCUAUAAUUACUUAAAUUUAAAUUUGGUUAGGAAUCAAAAAAAAAAUCCCAAAAAAAAGCAUUUACAUUUUUGAAAUGGAAUUUUCAUGA